AUGGCUAUUACUGCAGUUUAUGUCGAGUUACCGAGUCGUGUCCAAAACUCCGAAGUAACACAAGCUCGUCAAUCUGCGUACCAUAAACAUGUAAAUAUAUCAUGUCGUUAUUCGAACGGCGUUAAACACAAGCCACAACAACACAAAUCGAUCACCGAAGAAAAAAGGAUGCCUAAAACCACAAUACUUCCGGAAACAUUGGAAUUUUUAGGGGAACUCGAAUAA